CAGCUUUUGACCAAACUGCGAUGGAGACCUUCGAAAUCAACGAUCCAAAACCCAAGAAGAGAAGUAUGGUGAACUGUUCCAUAGCUAUGGUGGUCAUCUACCUGAUUCUGCUCACUGUGGGUGCUGGGCUGCUGGUGGUCCAAGUUCUGAAUCUGCAGGAGCGACUCCGGGACCUGGAGAUGUACUUCCCCAAUGACACGCUGGCCGUGCAGGACAGCCCAUCCUUCUCCUUGCUGCAGUCGGAGCACCCUGGGACACACCGGGCUUGGGGCUCAUCGGGGCUGAAAGCCUUGCAGGCCCAGCUCAACCGGGUCUGUGUCAGCCAGGAGUAUCUGCAGCAGUGGGUGGACAACUUCACUCGGAACCCAGAGCUAUUCGGAAUCAAAAGUGAACAAGGCGCCCCAGGUCUUCCAGGUCAAAGAGAGGUCCCAGGACCCCCAGGACCUCGGGGCCCACCAGGAAUCAAGGGAGAGGCAGGCCUUCAAGGACCUCAGGGUGCACCAGGGAAGCAAGGAGCCACUGGCUUCCCAGGACCCCAAGGAGAGAAGGGCAGCAAAGGCAAUGGGGGGCUUGUUGGCCUGAAAGGAGAAGCUGGAGUGAAGGGAGACAAAGGAGACCAGGGCUUGCCAGGAAGCAAAGGGGACGUGGGCAUGAAAGGAGAUACAGGGGUCAUGGGGCCCCCUGGAGCCCAGGGGAGGAAAGGUGAUCCUGGGAAACCAGGCCCUCCAGGUUUAGCUGGUGUUCCAGGAGCCAGAGGAGAUCAAGGACAACCUGGAGUGCAGGGUGAUCCAGGCCCUCCUGGUGCAGUGGGACACCCAGGUGCCAAGGGUGAGCCUGGCAGUGCUGGCUCUCCCGGGCUGAAAGGUUCCCCAGGAGGUCCCGGGAGUCCAGGAGCCAUGGGCCUGAAAGGAAGCAAGGGAGACUCAGGACUUCAAGGACAGAAGGGAACAAAAGGAGAAUCAGGAGUUCCAGGCCCUGCAGGCAUGAAGGGAGAACAGGGGAGCCCCGGGCUGGCAGGCCCCAAGGGAGCGCCUGGACCAGCUGGCCAAAAGGGAGACCCAGGAGGGCCAGGAUCUUCUGGGCAGCAAGGAGAAAAGGGACAAAAAGGUGAAAGAGGUGAAACCCUAAUGCACGUCAGGAUUAAUGGCGGUGGCUAUCGAGGCCGGGCUGAAAUUUACUAUAACAGAACCUGGGGGACAAUUUGCGAUGACAGCUGGGACAAUGCCGAUGCCACCGUCUUCUGCCGCAUGCUGGGUUAUUCCAGGGGAAAGGCCCUGCAUGGAGUGGGAGCUGGCACUGGGGAGAUCUGGCUGGAUGAUGUUGAAUGUCAAGGGUCAGAAAGCACCCUGUGGAGCUGCAGGAAGAAUAACUGGGGCUCUCACAACUGCGGCCACAGCGAAGACGCAGGCGUGGAGUGCAGGUGACCUGGAAGCUCUUCCUCGGCUCUGCUCGCAAGACAUCCUCUGGGUUAUACGUGAGGAGGCAGAGGCUCUCUGAGGGCCUCCCUGAGCAGCCUCUGGAGAGGUGUCAUUAAUAAAGCUCAAAUCACUACCUGGUAA